GAGAUUCAAUAGAUAUAGGCAGCAACAACACACAUGAAAAUGGCAUUGAAACCAACAAUCUCAUUCACAUUCUUCUCCUUACUCAUGUUAGCACUAGCAAAUGGUUCUAAUGCUGGCAAAAUUGCAAUCUACUGGGGUCAGAACGGAAACGAGGGCACGUUAGCUGAGGCUUGCGCCACCGGUAACUAUGAAUAUGUGAUCAUAGCUUUCUUACCAACAUUUGGCGACGGCCAAACUCCAAUGAUUAAUCUAGCUGGCCAUUGUGAUCCAUAUAGUAAUGAAUGCACCGGCUUAAGCUCAGACAUCAAAUCAUGUCAAGCCAAAGGCAUCAAAGUAUUGUUGUCAAUAGGAGGAGGUGCUGGAAGCUACUCAAUUGCAUCAACACAAGAUGCAAGUAAUGUAGCAACUUACCUUUGGAAUAACUUCUUGGGUGGACAAUCUUCGUCUCGCCCUCUUGGUCCUGCUGUUCUUGAUGGCAUUGACUUUGACAUCGAAGGAGGAUCAAACCAACAUUGGGGUGAUCUUGCCAGGUACCUUAAAGGGUUUAACAAGAAAGUUUACAUAACUGCAGCUCCUCAGUGUCCAUUUCCUGAUGCUUGGAUAGGAAAUGCACUUACAACAGGCCUUUUCGAUUAUGUUUGGGUACAAUUCUACAAUAACCCUCCUUGUCAAUACAAUCCUGGUGAAAUUAGCAACUUUGAAGAUGCAUGGAAGCAGUGGAUAUCAGGUAUCCCUGCAAACAAGAUAUUCUUAGGGUUACCUGCUUCUCCAACGGCUGCAGGAACUGGCUUUAUUCCUGCAGCUGAUCUCACUUCUACUGUGCUUCCAGCUAUCAAGGGUUCUGCUAAAUAUGGCGGUGUUAUGCUGUGGUCUAGGUAUGAUGAUGUUCAGAGUGGUUAUAGCUCCUCCAUCAAGAGCCAUGUCUGAAAUCCUAAUUAAUCUGGUAGUAAUGUAUAUGUAAUA